AUGGCUGUUGGCUGGAUAGACCUUCCACAGGGAUGGAGACUUCAAGAUGUACAGGCAGUAUUGAACGUGGUUAUCGCCACGCUCAGCGCCAUCGCAAUAUUUGUUUGUGCGCGCUGGUGCUGGCAGUCUAGCUUUCCCAAGAUAGGCCAGCGCAGUGUGCCUCUUAAAGAUUUGUUGACGAUUGGCACACUGGGCGAAGCUCUGGAUGUGGUCAUGCUCCUCAGGUGGCGAUCGCUCUCUAUUCAAAAUUCAAAGUUACUCGGACAAUGCGUCGUUGUGGUCUUCUUUUCGGUCGUUGCACUUGUGUCUGGACCAAUAGCGCGAUACUCCAGUCGCCACAGCUUCAAGCUCAAUCCCCUCGAGAUAUCAGGAUCCGUUGCAUGGCGUUUCCACGACUGCAUCAUCAGCGCACCGGUGACUUGGAAUGCUACCUUCACAAGCCUCGACCGAGCACGGUUUCCGCACGAUCAACUCCUCGACUUCGUUCCCGACACAACAGUCGACUGGCGAUACCGAGCCGAAGAAUGGAAUUCGUCGUGGUCUUUCGACUGCCUACCGACCCACGAGACAGCUAUCGACCUCGAAGACGUCGGCAACUGCACCAGCAACAUGCCCGAUGAGAUCCCGGGCCUGCAAAGAAUUAUCUCAACGGAAAUGUUCAACACCAGUAAUGGCGAGAUGGGUUGGUGGCAUGGCGACUACCGCGAGGACAACGUCUUGAAAGACGUGCUCAUGCUUAUCGCGGCCGUGAAGACUACGGAAAUAGACGACACAAGUGAUCAGGUUCACGAGAUCGCGUUGGAGCUCGCUGCUGUCCACAUGCACAAUGUGAACGUCAAGCCCGAAGACGAAGACAGUGCUUGCGACUUUGGAACAGGACCCGUCCAGUCGGCGAGCUACACAAAGAUACAGUGCGUAGUGCGUCGACUUCCGGGGCGCAUGGACGACGAGUAUGCUGCGUUCCCAGAUGGCAUGGUACCCAGCUGCUUGGCCCAGGCCGCCGUGCAGAACUACCAGGCGCGGUUCAUCAGCGAGAGUGUCAAUGGGAAACCACCCGGCAUAGUCGCGCCGGAGGACCUUGUGAGAUUCACGCAGGUCUGGAUGGCGACGAAAGACACGCAGAAUCUCCUGACGGUCGCGAGGAGCAUCAGCGUGCAGGUUGGCAUUGUGCAACUUUCGGCCGCGUUUUUGGCUUUCGUGCUUCUGGUCUUCGUGUUGAUUGUCCUGGGCCUGGCGGCGUAUGCGUACGGGUACCUGAGGCACAGAAGGGUGUUCAAGAGCAGACCUCAGUCAAAGAUCGACUGGAUGAUCGAGACGAUCGACGAGACAAGGGGUGGUCAUGGUGGUGAUGAAGAUGGUCAGCCCACUCCCAAUCUGCAGAGCGACGAGACGAAAACAGGACGGGCGGAGGCGUCGUCGGCGGAGAAGAGGAGAUCCCUAUUUGAAAAUGCCAUCUACCACCUUGAUCGGGAAGUGUGCGCUCAACGGAAUCCCGACUGCGUGGCUCGAAGUGGAGCUAACGAGGCAGAUGAAAGCCCUGAAGGCCUCUUAGGGGAGGGAGAUUCGGUUCGACCGACGACGACGAAGACGACACCAAAUGCUGAAAAGCCAUCUGAUUCGUUGGACACGAGGGUGUCGACGGAAGUGGUGGGAGCACCCAUCGUUCCAGCGUGA